AUGGACUUCGUAAAAGAACUCAAGAGCAGCCAAGACUACAUGAACAACGAGUUGACCUAUGGAGCACACAACUAUGACCCAAUCCCCGUUGUCCUCAAGAGAGGAAGUGGCGUUUUUGUAUAUGAUAUCGAGGAUAGGAGGUACUAUGACUUCUUGUCGGCAUACUCAUCCGUAAACCAAGGCCACUGCCACCCCAAUAUCCUUAAUGCAAUGAUAAAUCAAGCCAAAAAAUUAACAAUAUGCAGUAGAGCAUUUUUUAGUGAUUCCCUCGGUGUGUGCGAAAGGUACUUGACAACCUUAUUUGGCUACGACAAAGUCUUAAUGAUGAACACAGGAGCAGAGGCCAACGAAACAGCAUAUAAAAUGUGCAGAAAAUGGGGAUAUGAAGUGAAAAAAAUUCCCGAAAAUCAAGCGAGAAUAAUUGUGUGUAAUAAUAACUUUUCUGGAAGAACAUUAGGAUGUGUGUCAGCUUCUACUGAUAAGAAAUGUAAAAACAAUUUUGGUCCCUUCGUUCCAAACUUCCAAAAAGUUCCCUAUGAUGAUUUGGAAGCAUUAGAAGUCGAACUACAGGACCCAAAUGUGUGUGCAUUUGUUGUUGAGCCAAUCCAAGGAGAAGCUGGAGUUAUCCUUCCAUCCGAUGGCUACUUCAAAGGAGUGGAAAGAUUGUGCAAAAAAUAUAAUGUCCUCUUUGUAGCCGAUGAGGUACAAACAGGAUUAGGAAGAACGGGAAAAUUGUUAUGUACUCAUCAUUAUGAUGUGAAGCCUGAUGUGAUUCUUCUUGGUAAGGCCCUUUCAGGAGGUCAUUACCCCAUUUCAGCUAUUUUGGCUAACAAUGAUGUUAUGUUGGUGUUGAAGCCAGGUGAGCAUGGAUCUACCUACGGAGGUAACCCCCUUGCUGCGGCUAUUUGUGUAGAAUCGCUCAACGUUUUAAUUAAUGAGAAGCUUAGCGAAAAUGCAGAAAGGUUAGGUGGACCAUUCUUAGAGGCAUUAAAGAGAGAACUGAAAGAUAGCAGAAUCGUUCGUGAGGUUAGAGGACGAGGUUUACUCUGUGCUAUUGAAUUCAAGAAUGACCUCAUCAACGUCUGGGACAUCUGCUUGAAAUUUAAGGAAAAUGGACUCAUCACUAGAUCUGUGCAUGACAAGACCGUUCGAUUGACACCACCACUUUGCAUCACCAAGGAACAGCUCGAUGAAUGUUUGGAAAUUAUUUCCAAGACCGUUAAAUAUUUUGACGAUAGGUUGUAG